AUGUAUGUAUGUAUGUAUGUAUGUAUGUAUGUAUGUAUGUAUGUAUGUAUGUAUGUAUGUAUGUAUGUAUGUAUGUAUGUAUGUAUGUAUGUAUGUAUGUAUGUAUGUAUGUAUGUAUGUAUGUAUGUAUGUAUGUAUGUAUGUAUGUAUGUAUGUAUGUAUGUAUGUAUGUAUGUAUGUAUGUAUGUAUGUAUGUAUGUAUGUAUGUAUGUAUGUAUGUAUGUAUGUAUGUAUGUAUGUAUGUAUGUAUGUAUGUAUGUAUGUAUGUAUGUAUGUAUGUAUGUAUGUAUGUAUGUAUGUAUGUAUGUAUGUAUGUAUGUAUGUAUGUUAAAACCAAAACAUGAUGAGUGA